UUUCUAGCUCUAUUUGGAUGUGAGCUCAGAGCUUAGGGCUUGUUGGAGCCAUGGAAGCGCUAUCGUGUCUUCCAGCUUCAUCUUCCUCUCGCGGCAGAUGUGGAGCCGCUUGCUCCAGCGCCAAUCCGAGAAUACGAUCGCAGUGGCAGAUGUCUCUGGGGAGGAGACCCCGGCAUCAAGUAAAUUUUGCUCGAUCCUUGUGUCUAGAUGAGGAAAUCGGUGCCGAGUAUGGCGAGGGCUUUUCCGGCUAUAGGCCGCGGGCACCUCUUCAUGUGGAUGUGGAUUAUUUGAAUGAUAGGAUGCAAGAGAGAGGUCUCCAAAGGAUAAAGUACGCAUUAAAACCAGACCAGGCAUUCGGACUUAUAUAUUCCUGGGACAAUGUUUUGGCAGAUACGAGAAGUGUUAGACUAAGAGCUUGGGAAAGACUUGCGCAGGAGGAAGGAAAAAUUAUUGGAGAUGAUCCGGAGAAGCGGCGAUUGAUUGUUUGUAAUAGCGCCAAGCGUGUCCUGGAAAGGCUAGCUUGGGCGGCGCAUGGCGAUGAUAUAUGGCGAUUGAUGAAUCGGCUAUCAGAAAUAUACUGUGAAGAGCUAUCCAAGGUUGAGGCAAUGGCUGGCCUACGAGAAUGGCUGGCAGCUCUUUAUUCAGCGGGAGUUCCUUGUGCUGUUGCGUCCACAUUGGAUCGGAUUAGCUUGUUGGAUGCACUCGUCAGAAUGGGUCUCGACAAGUACUUCCAGGCAGUUGUCACAGAAGAGGAUGGAAUGGACUCCAUCGCGCACAAGUUUCUGUCGGCUGCUGUGAAGCUGGACAGGCCCCCAGCAAAAUGUGUUGUUUUUGAAGACGAUCCAAGGGGAAUCACCGCUGCUCAUAACUGUACCAUGAAAGCUGUCGCACUGAUUGGUCCGCAUCCCGCCUACGAGCUGACUCAAGCAGAUCUUGCAGUGAGCAGCUUCAACGAACUGUCAAUUAUCAACCUCCGCAGGCUGUUUGCAAACAAGGGAUCUGAAUUCAUGGACUUGCAAAAACAAAACGUGGGAAAGAAUGUCCAGCGGAGGAGGGUCACCGUAGACACGUUCUGAAAUCUAGACUAACCUCGCCCCUGCUUUUGUGCAUGACGAGAUGAGUGUAUACUAAUGUAAUCUUUGUUUAACUGCU